AUGAGUUCUGUCAUACAAAAGAUAAAGAGGAACAAGAGCAACGCUCGUGAUUUUCAGAUCACAGCAUCAGUAAAUCUGCUGACUAUCGAAUGUCAGGCGGAUAAAUGGUAAGCGACAAAAAAAUUAAAAAGGAAGUGAUAGAAAAAUAAUACCGCAGAUGCCUGCAAGGAGAUUCCUUCCUCACGUGGGAUGGUUUAAAGAUUUCAAACAUUAUACUUGUUGCCUUUUUAUAUUUUGAAACACUCUCGAUGUUUGCAGCACUAUCCUUCUAACAGUUAUUUAAAGUAUUCAUCGCUUAUUAUUGGAAAAUUUGUCUAUUUUUGAAUUUAAAUGUUAUGUUUCGUAAUCGUUGCCUGUAAACCAAAAGUAGGUCAGUCAAAAGCGAUAAUUUCUAAAAUUUUCUAGUUCUUACAUGCAUACUGUGACGAGCUAGGAAAAAUUCCCAAAGCAAUCUCGAGCAAGAGAUCAUAAUAUGAUAUCAUGUCCCGAGUUAUUUCUUUCAGAAGCCAUUACUGACAUUACUAACAUCUUAAAUUCAAGUCAUCACUAUUUAAUGCCACUGACCACCCCUGUUCAUCCCAUAUUAUGGGAGAUUGUCAAUUUAAAUUUAGAUUGUAACCGGAAAACGGACACCAGGGAGGGGUCUGAGAGUUUUAAGUUUGUCACUUGUUCCCACGAAAACGUUUUUAAAAAAUGGCGGCAUGAGAGUUAGAAAUUCUAUUCCAAAUUUACAGGUACUGGAAGUUCAUUUUUCCAUGGACAAAUUAGUACUAGCUGAGUGAUUUUUUGGUAAUUUUUUUGUGUUCCCUCUGGCUGCCGACUUAAACGUACUAUGCAAGGUCAAAAUUUGUUGUUGUCACUGUUUGAAUCUCAGCUUUUAGUAUCUCACAAGUUCUCUGCUUUUCUUCGCUUUUUUGUUUUCCUAGGCAUCCUAACAAGCUCAUCAUUUUGUGGGGCAAAGAAAAUAACAGUUGCCAAACAAAGGUAUGUACUUAUUUUACUCCUCGAAUUUUUGAUCUUAUUCAUUCUUCUUGAAAUCCCUUGAAUUCAAUAGCCUGAAUUUCAUCCGAUUACUUCGAGUCGUUAUUACUCCCUCAGUAACGACGUUGUUGAGAGGAGAAAACGACUCGAAGCAAUCGGAUGAAUUUCAGGCUAUGAAUUCAACAGUUUACACUGAAAAUAAGCUUAAGCUUAUUAAGGUUUAAAAAAAACUUGAUCUUUUUUAGCCAGUUCCAUGGCAGCCAGGAUUUGUCAAUCCAUACCGUGGCACUCAUGUGUGGCCAGAGCCGGAUCCGGUGAAAAACACUUUCAAACUCUUCAAGGUAAAGAGCCUCUUAUCAUAAUGUUAAAGUCUUACUUUUAAAAAGUUGAUUUAAGCUUAAGAAAUGUGACUGGAGGUUGCUCGAGCUCAUUUACAUUUCUUCAGUAUCAGAUAUUUAUUAAAAUUUGACACACAAACUUCAAAAUAUUUCACUAACAUCAGCGACCGCGUUUCUAUUCAUGCUUGAUCUGUGAAAUCUACUUUUUUUAUAGAACCCAAAACGAGCUGGUACUUAUGAAGACCGCCCUUGGAGGAUUGUUGUCCAAAAUGUAAGUUUGCAUUUGUACCAUCAAAGAUGACAAAAACAUAUUGUAGUGGUAACCUGCAAACUUUGGAAUACAAUACUAAAAAAACAAAUACUAAUACAAAUACUAAUUUUUCACAGCCCAUGGACAAGAAAAUAACUUGCUAAUAAAACUUAGACAACUUGGAACUGACAGGCAUGUUUGAACACACCGUGUAUUGAAGAACUAUCUCCUGAAUCCAAACAACACUUCAAUUUUUGCCAGUGAUAACUGUCUUAUCGGAAAAACUGGCACACCAUUUCUCUCUCAUUUGUGCAACGUAUUUUAAACUAUCUUUCUCUUUUCAAGAAUUUGCCUUGUUUUUGCAGGAGUGUGAAAAUGGUCGGCGCCAGGUUAUUGCUACGGGCUGCAUUGAUCUAGCUGAUUAUAUCAGCGAGACAAACAAAACGUUUGAGAUAACUGUCACAUUAAAACCAGCAAUGAAGAAGGUUCUGUCGGCAACAAUCGAGUUUAACUUAACCUCUGUGAUGCUAGAAGAUGGAAUACCAUAGUGAGUAUUGUGUUGUUGUAUACAGUAUAUAGUACCCUCAAAGAAAAACUCUCCUCUCGAUAUCGGCUCUUAGAAAAUUUUUUCAGACAUGCAUCUUUCGGUCAUUUUUUUGAGGGAGUGAAUUAGUAAAGAGAAUCUGUACCAACCGUGAGGGUCACUGUGAGUAUUUCUUUGCCUAGUCCCUUGUAACGUGGUCCGAGCGAAGAAGUCCGACGUUUCCCGCCCGUUCGCUUUGGGUAUUAAUAUCAGAGAAGUGAAUUGAUCGAAAAGGCCUGGGAAAAUGUCGUACAGGAACUAGGCAAAUUUUAACUAGGCCAAUUCAGAGUUCCAAAAUAUCUCGCUUUCAAAACGAGGCAACGUGCAAAACAUUUCUUGUGAAAAUGAGUUUCAUUUGCAUGACAAAAAAAAUCAUUUUCAAUUCAAUGGCAAGGCACUUCGCGUCGCUUUGAAAUAGAGGCUUUGGGAAACCCAGAAAUGACCUAUUUAUGAGUGAUGUUAGGAACUUUCAGAGAAGACUACGUUGUAGGAAUUGAAUAAGAUCAGACGCAUGAUACGAGUUUUGAAAUCUAGCUCGCGGGCGAAAUCAUUUUUCACAGAAGUAUCAUCUCUACCAUCCUGAGUCAGUACGGGUAGUUGCACUAAAAUUUCAACCGUCACUGAAAUUCGAAAGUCCACUUUCGGCUCUAGUUUGACUAGCCUUUUGUUUUAUGACAUUUUUUUUGUUGUUUAUUUUGAUAAUUGUUAAUAUAACCGUGAUAUAAAUAGCCCGUCUGGACUAGAUUACGUCCCAUCCUCGCACCAUUUCUUAUCCAAUUCAUGUUCUGCCUCUUUUUAUCACAGUCGAAGCGAUGAGGAAAUAUUCCAAGAAAUCAUGGCAGACGCUUUUAGAUCGGCCAAGAAUAGAAUUGCCAAAAGUGCUGUGUCUUCCGCGGAGCACAAGGAUCCACUUCUGUUUUCCUCUGUUGAUAAACCAUCGGAGAUUCCUUAUACGCCAAGGAAAAGAAAAAACAAGAAAAGAAGAAGCAAAGAAAGAGCAAAUAACACGCCUGGCAGUGUUAACAACGGUCGUGAACGGGAAGCAAAGGUGGAAAAGAAAAUUUCUCAACCACAGCAGCCGGGCGCUCAUUCAAACUGCCACAAGACUGCAGAGUCCGUUACUUGUGCUGAAGAUAACAACAACAGCAACCUGAAAGCCAUAACACCUUCAGCAGAUGAAGGAAAAGAGUCUUCUAAUACUGAUACGCCUGCAAAUGUUGAAGGAAAAAAAGAAAGUCGCAAGACCAAAAGCCCAAAAGAUUCAACCUCUAGUGCAGCCUCCAAACCAGCUGAACAAUCUCUGGCAUCCAACGGCGUGUUGUCAACCAAACCAGAAACAACACAAGUGAGUGAACAGGAAACAAGAAACAAUUUAGCUCCAGAGCAAGGCGAGGAAAAGGCUUCACUCGAAGAAGUUCCUUCAAUACCAAGUUAUAGACGAAAGCUCGCUGGGUUCAUAAAAGGCAAAAAACAGCUCAAGGCCAGCGGGAAGGAGACAUCAAAACUGUUUCCCAAGGAAGAUGGCUCCUCUGGAUGCGGUGGAAAUGUUGACGAGCAUUAUGGCUCUGGAACAUCUGGUCAACUCACAGCGCCUAAAAUAGAUAUGUCGGCUGGUGAAAGGAAGGAAAAUACUUCAGCUGAUUCACACGACGAUAAAGAAAUGAUAUCUUCAUUUUUCAAGAAGCUGUUGGAGAAUGGACCCAAAAAAGGUACAAAAACAAAACAAGGACAAUUUGAAAUUUUUGUAGUAAUUGAGAAAUUAAUUUUUCGAGUGCGCAGCUAGUAUAAGAGCGCGCUCCAGUAAAUUUUGACUUUCCUCCGUUCAGAAAUUACAAUGAGAGAUUUUUGUGUAAUAGGAAUACACAUUGCGGGGCUGUUGUCAGGCAAUUGGCCAGAAGGAAGCACCGUGCUUCCUUCAGGCCAACUGGCAGUCAGCGAUCACCGACCAAGGCACGAGUUCCUUGGAGGCCUCUAAAGGCUGGUUUUUCACCAGCGACGGAGUCCGAGUUUGGAAUCAUGAGCGGAGUCUUGAGAGGGCUUAUGACCUUGUGAAAAUCAAACUGAAUCGGAGUCUUGAGCGGAGUCAUAAGGGCGACGGAAUCGGAGUCGGGAGAAUCAGCACGUUUCUAUUUACGUCCGACUCCGCUUACGACUCCAUCUCUCACGGUCUAGUAAAAAUCAAAUUGUUGGAGUCGGAAGCAUAAGCGGAAGGAGAAAUCAAUCACAACGCACCUUAUCACGGGUUUAGUUCUUCUGCUUCUGCUUGCGACCCGACAACCUAGUUUACACUUCAUCGUUAACGACGGAGUCGUAAGAGGAAUUGUUUUCUCUAGGUCGUUGAGUUCUGUGCUUUUGAUUACGACUUCGACUCCCUCGCUAAUGAAAAUCAUCUUUAAGGCCAUGUCCUCUCCCCAGCGAAAAUUAAAAAGGGAGAAGCUCUCAAGCAAUGCAAUAUUAUCAGACCAUUUCACCAUAUUUAUUUGCUGUAUUUGCUGGACUAGAAGAUUAUUUUUCUAUAUUCUAUGUUUGUUUUCAGCAGCGUCUGUGAAUUACCCUGAACUGUCAGCUUAUGUGAGCGCAGAGAUGAAGUCCCUCGAUGAAGAAAUUGCUUCUUUGGAAAAAGUAACAGUCAAGCUAGAAUCUGAAAUGCGUCAGGCAAUGGAGAUUAAAGGUCAGUUCAGGCUUUAAUUCCUUUAAUUACAAAAGCUUAAGCAUGUUUUAAUGAGUAAUGCGGGUUCCGCAAUCUGUAUAUAGACUUUUAGUCCAAGGCUCUUACCAGUCUUCUUGAGAUCAACAUUCAAAUGAAUUUCUUGUAUUCUCAGUAAUUUCUUUAGUGGUGCUUUUUCCAGUUGUGUUUAGAGAUAAUGUGUAGAAGCAGUCGAAAUUAAGUAUAUGAUUAUGCGCUGAAUAUCUUGUACUUUAGAGUGCAAAGAAGAGUUGGAUGGUUUAAAACAGGACUGGAUGAUCUUGUUGAGUUACGGAGACCAGCUGAAAGAGAGAAAAGCCGAUCUUCAAAUUCUGUAAGUGAUACUUAUCGUCUACUAGCAAAAUGUCUUUGUUGUGCCCCGUUAAAGAAAGCCAAUCUUUUACAAUGUAUAAUAAAGCUUCGUCACCGUGUCGAGGAUGGUACACCAUGGAUCUUGAUAACGACGUUUGUUUUGUGCACUGGCUCACCAAGAGGGUGAUCGGCAAAUUACUUCACGCAACCGACCUAUUGUAAAGCCAAAAAACCUCAUUACAACUAGUCAAACUCUUCUCACGGGUAGUAUUACGAAAAUGGGUUUACGUGAAAACACAACUGCACUACCACUACUAGAAUAAACGCCUCUCCCAAAUAAACCCCGCAGAUGAAGCAAAUUUACCAAUAACCGCAGCCAAGGAGAAGAUUGCGGAGUUAAUGCGAGAACUCAUACAACUUGGUAAUCUACAACAUCCAUACUCUUAUUUCUCAGCAAAAAAGCGAGACUUCAGAUUUCUAAGCACCUUUCUUUUAACAUGUUUGCAAAUGACGUACGAUAAUUGUUGUCAGUGAUUUAAGAACUGUGUUUGCAAAAUGAACACCGCAUCCGAAGCGCGAAAAAUCUCAUCUGAAACGCCGCGGCGUAUUAAUAGGGUAAAUAAAAAACCUGGUAUAUCUCUCUUAAUUUCAAAAUUGUUUUUAUCUUCUACUUAUGUUUUCAGUGAAAAACAGGAGAAUCUUGAGCAUUGUUGUGAUAUCCUCAGAAAAGAACUCAAACUUCUCUUCACAUUGGAAGGUAUAUUAACACUGUUCACUCACACUGCUAAUGACACAANGCCUCUCCCAAAUAAACCCCGCAGAUGAAGCAAAUUUACCAAUAACCGCAGCCAAGGAGAAGAUUGCGGAGUUAAUGCGAGAACUCAUACAACUUGGUAAUCUACAACAUCCAUACUCUUAUUUCUCAGCAAAAAAGCGAGACUUCAGAUUUCUAAGCACCUUUCUUUUAACAUGUUUGCAAAUGACGUACGAUAAUUGUUGUCAUUGAUUUAAGAACUGUGUUUGCAAAAUGAACACCGCAUCCGAAGCGCGAAAAAUCUCAUCUGAAACGCCGCGGCGUAUUAAUAGGGUAAAUAAAAAACCUGGUAUAUCUCUCUUAAUUUCAAAAUUGUUUUUAUCUUCUACUUAUGUUUUCAGUGAAAAACAGGAGAAUCUUGAGCAUUGUUGUGAUAUCCUCAGAAAAGAACUCAAACUUCUCUUCACAUUGGAAGGUAUAUUAACACUGUUCACUCACACUGCUAAUGACACAAAAGAACUGGGUUUAUUAUAUAAACAGCAAUGAAAUACCAGGUGAGCUUUCGCGCGAAAACUUGCUAUCUUCAUAUGGGAAAAUAUCACCGUUGCUAUAGCUAGAUAAUAAGUCGCGCCUUUCACACCAAAAAACUAUUAAAGUGAAAUGGUUUGGUAUUUCAUUGGUGUUUAUAUAAUGCACUCGAGGAGAAAUUUCGUAUCUCCGCGCGGCCAUGUAAUAUCCUCUAUGUAUUAUCGACAAUUUUGCCGAACCGGUGAAAUAAUACAUGGUACUUUAAUCAAUUUGACGAGUGGGAGGAAUUAUCGAAAGAGAUUAGUGUAGAGUAAAAUGUUGCUAAUUUCCCUUCUAAUUUUACUUGGCGCGUUUAACGGAAAGCUUUUACACAAUAGUCUCGGCCUAGAAUUUAACUAUGACUUCCACUAAGUUAUCACCUCACCGAAAAUUGAAAGUGAAAACGCGUUGAAAUGAACAUAUACGACGCACAAUUCUUGGCUUCAACGCGAUAUAGUAGGUUUGCAGGGACUCGAGAUCAUUUCCGAAACAAACUGUGAGAGUGUGUCAGUGAGGGAGUGAGACUUACAAUUUUUCUUUUACCAACUGAGCUGAUGAGGUAAAUUGGCCACCCUUAAAGGCUUUUGGUGUUGCGAAAAUAGCUGCACACUGGAGGGGCCGACUCCCAAAAGCUUGAGUGCACCGUCGCCUUUUCUUGUUUAUCUUGCUAUUACCUGAUAAACAAGGGAUUACUAUAACGAACGUGUACUAAGGACUAAUAAAAAAAACAGUUUGAAGACAAAUGAUAUUUUGUCGUUACAUUUUCAGAUUGGCGUAGAACAGACUAUCACACAAUGCAAGAGGCCAAGCUUCUUGAUAUUCUCCAUUGCCUUAAAGAUAAACAAAGAGAAACUUGCUGA